AUGCGGGGGUUCCAGCGUGGAAAGCUGCUGGUCAGCGCGUCAUUCGCGAUAAAAAAUCCAAAAAAAACACAAAUAUUCCAAAGAUCGCGCCAAAGACACGCUGAUUCGUGCAGAAUCAGCACAUACACUCCGCAAGGCGCCGACCCAUUGCAGCUAGUGCCCAAAACCCAGCAGCAGCAGCCGCACCGCCAUUCCCAGCCCCUCAAACGAAACACAAAAACAAAACUCCAAAUAAAAAGCAGAAAAAACGCGUUUCGGGCUACUAAAAUUCCGGAAAAAGGAAAGAACUGA